AAAUAAUGAUGGCCUUAUAAUGAUGAUUAUUCUUCCAAUUCACAUAUCGCAAACACUGUUUAUAAUAUUUAACUUUUUCUUUCGAUUGUCAUUCACAAUUGCUACCAAAACGAAUAAGUUUAAAUUGGCUACCAUAGCCAAACGAAGUGGUAGCUUACCUCCACCACAAUCAGGUCGUAUGUUAAAUAAUCAUCGAACUAAUGUAAUCUGUUCAACAACAACAACAACAUCAUCAUUAUCACCAUUAAAUUCAUCAUUAAAUACAACAAAAUCAUCAUCAUCAUCCGCAUCAACAUCAGCAUCAACGGGUAAUCUAUUACAACAUACACGGCAAGCUUGCUAUAAAAUGUCAUAUGUAUUGAUAUCAACGGAUGAUUUUCAUCGUGGUCCAACACGAAUAUCAACAAUCGAUCCAUAUUUACAUGAAAAAGUUCCAUUCACUGUUAUUAAAGAUAGUCUAUAUUUUCAGGCUGAACCACAAUAUGAUCCACAUGGACGAUAUUGGAAAUUUCGUGUUGAAGAUGCACCUGUACGUGUAUUGAAUAAACUAUUGGAUCUUGGCUAUAAAGUAUUAACUGGUACAAGUCUAUCUAGUACAUAUGAACAUAAUAAACAACCAGGACAUGCAUGGACAUUAUUUCGUGAUCCAAAUGUACGAUAUUCAAUAAUGCAUACCAAAUAACAAUAAUCAUUAUCAUUGAAAACAAAAUCAUAUCCAACCUUAUAUCACUGAAACAAAAACAAAAAAACAACAACAAAAUUCAUUCAUUUGAAAAAAAAUCAUUUAAAAUUUAUUAAUGAAAAUUUCCUUGAUUUUACCGGAUUUAUUUCACACGGACACCGCCACACACAUACUUUCACACUCGAAAAAAAUAAGGAAAUAAAAAUUUCGUAUUUUUCCCUC